GUGUGUGUGUGUGUGUUUGUGUGUAUUCCCAAUGAGACUGUAAGGUCGUAUAUAUAUAUGCAUAUACGUAUAUAUACAUACAAACAUACAGCCUUACAAUUUCAUUGGGUAUAUAAGAUACAAAAAGAUACCUGAUAAAACUAGACAGAACUUACUGUACAUUUUAAAAGUGUAUAUUUUCCUGAAACAAUCUCCUAGGUUCUCACUACACUUCCGUCUUAUCCUAUCUCCUCCUAUAAUUUCUGAAGUUAUAAACCCAACAAAAAUAAGAAUGAACUCCAUAGAGAAGCACGCAUUAGGCUAAAUGACCAGAAGUCACCGAGUUAUUAGACACACGAUGUACACUUGGGGACUUCCUCCAGGCCAACCUGGAGUUCAUGGCUCAGUCUUCCCUAGCACAGUCUCUCUGGGAGUUGCUCUUUCCUCGGGCUCAGUCGCUCUACUCCCUGCCUUUCCAAUACCUCCGCUUGAGACCCCGGCUCCCCUCCUCCUCUCUCCUCUGUUUCCUCUCCAGCAUCCCGCUGCCCGCAGGCAGCUGGCGGGCACCCCAGCCUCCUCUCCGCCCGCCCCGCCUCCCAGCCUCCAGCCGGCUCAGGCCGCGCAGGCGCACCAGGCUGACGGCCGCGAGGCCGAGGGCGACUGAAGCCGACUCUGUCUCUACUUCCAGCAGAAGCUCCUCCGCGGGGCUGGUUGGCGGCGACCUGGACCGCGCCGGGCAGAGGCCCCGCGGGCCGCGCGUCGCCAUGGGCUCGAGCUGGAGCAGCGAGGAGGAGCGACAGCCGCUGCUGGGGCCCGGACUCGGGCCUAGGCCAGGGGCUGCCAGGAGAAACCGGGAGGCGGCGGUGGUCGCGGUGCUGCCAGCGGCGGCCCCGGGCCCCGGACGGGUGUACGGGCGCCGCUGGCUGGUGCUGCUGCUCUUCUCGCUGCUGGCGUUCGCGCAGGGCCUGGUCUGGAAUACCUGGGGCCCCAUCCAGAACUCGGCGCGUCAGGCCUAUGGCUUCUCCAGCUGGGACAUCGCGCUGCUGGUGCUGUGGGGGCCCAUCGGUUUCCUACCCUGCUUCGCGUUCAUGUGGCUCUUGGACAAGAGAGGUCUUCGGAUAACUGUGCUUCUGACAUCCUUCCUCAUGGUUUUGGGAACUGGUCUAAGAUGCAUACCUAUAUCAGACUUAAUACUUAAAAGAAGACUAAUCCAUACAGGACAGAUGUUAAACGGACUGGCAGGUCCAACGGUAAUGAAUGCAGCUCCGUUCCUCUCCACGACAUGGUUUUCUGCAGAUGAACGGGCCACUGCCACAGCAAUCGCAUCAAUGCUCAGUUAUCUUGGUGGCGCGUGUGCGUUUUUAGUUGGUCCACUUGUUGUUCCAGCUCCGAACGGGACCUCACCUCUUCUUGCUGCCGAGAGCAGUAGGGCCCACAUUGAAGAUCGCAUAGAGACUGUGUUAUAUGCAGAAUUUGGAGUUGUCUGCUUGAUAUUUUCUGCAACAUUAGCGUAUUUCCCACCCCGGCCUCCUCUUCCUCCCAGUGUUGCUGCAGCUAGCCAGCGGCUGAGUUAUCGGCGGAGCUUUUGUAGAUUAUUAAGCAAUUUGAGAUUUUUGAUGAUUGCUUUAGCAUAUGCCAUACCACUUGGUGUAUUUGCUGGCUGGUCAGGAGUUCUGGACUUAAUUUUAACACCAGUGCGUGUGAGCCAAGUAGAUGCUGGCUGGAUUGGGUUUUGGUCCAUAGUUGGAGGCUGUGUAGUUGGAAUAGCUAUGGCAAGGUUUGCAGAUUUUAUCAGGGGUAUGCUGAAACUAAUUCUUCUCCUGCUGUUUUCUGGGGCUACCCUGUCCUCCACGUGGUUCACCCUGACCUGUUUGAACAGCAUCACGUACCUGCCUUUAACCACAGUGACAUUGUACACCUCCUGUAUUCUCCUGGGAGUAUUCUUGAAUAGCAGUAUACCUAUAUUUUUUGAAAUUUUUGUGGAAACUGUCUACCCAGUUCCAGAAGGAAUUACUUGUGGAGUUGUCACUUUUUUAAGUAAUAUGUUCAUGGGAGUACUUCUAUUUUUUCUCACAUUUUAUCAUACAGAGCUGUCCUGGUUCAACUGGUGCCUUCCUGGGUCGUGUUUGCUCAGCCUCCUCCUCAUUCUGUGCUUCAGGGAAUCCUAUGACAGACUCUACCUUGAUGUGGUUGUGUCAGUUUAAUAGCACAGACUGGAGGGAGUUUAAACACAGACGAAAUCGAUACCGCGUGCUGCGCAUUUGCUUGGAAUCGCACAUCUAACAGGAAAAAAAGGAGAAGAGAGGAACUUCAUACGGAGGUUUUGUUAGACUACAGAUUAUCCCAUUAAUUUCAAGACUACUAGGUAAUAUCGCCGGACUUAAGUGGUAAUAGGUGAUUUUUAAAACUAUACGAAUGGCAUAACUAUGCCUGAUUCUUGGGUUGAAAGUGUAAUGUCUCACACAUAAAACACUACCUAAAUAAUUCCCUCUACGUUUUGUGCCAGUGCUAAACUACUGAUUGAUUAAUUGUAAUUAUGCAAAGAAAUCAGAGGUGUCUAGGAUAUGAAGAUAACUCCUUCCCCAAGUCACAUAUCAGAAUAGGAAGAAAUGCCACUAACUUCUAAAGAAGUUUAAACCCUGUAUCAGAUUUUAAUAAUAAAAUAGCCAAGAGGUAUAUAGAUGAUAGAAAUUAGGCACGUGUACACUACAUUUUUUCUAAGAAAGCCAUUUCUUAUAUGACUUCUUAUUUGUGAUCACAUCCAAAACCUUUGGCCAUUUAUUCUGGUGACCAAGUGCUUUCCAGUGACUUCAAAGCACACGCAUUGUAUCUCCGUCUCAAGUUAACCUUGUUUCUGUGAAAUACACUCUCAUCUACUGUCCCCUUAAAUAAUUAUAGUACGGGUGACUAAAUGUUUAAUACAGUCGCAUUAAAUGUUGUGUGAAAAAGUUUAAUUCCGUUCUGAGUUAGCACUUUCUUAAAAGUGAAAUGACAAAUCACACAGAACAUACAGUGUCUUCAGCCUGUAUAUGUGGUGGCAUGGGACGUAAAGUCCCAUGCCAGCUAUCACUGACCAGGGUCAGAUUUUAGUAAAUGACCCUUGUUUGAAAAUAACAGUUUGUAAUAUUGAGACUUUCAGAUUCAUUGAGUGAUGUCUGAAUUACAUUCUUGUAUUUCAAUUCAGGUUGUAAAAUAUUCAAUUCUUUAUGAAAUCAGUCUAUUUGAGAAGGCAGCAUUUUGCUAGUACCUGUUUUCUUUCUGUGGAGAAUAGCUUUUUAAGAAUAGCGGUGGCUCAGAGAGUUCUCAGACAUGUCUUACUAUGCCAUGAAAUGUGCUGUGGUGGGAGCAUGAUGUUACCUCAUUCUCAUUUGUGUAACUCCCCUCACACAGAAAAAACAAAACGUUUUCCAGAAAAGUCAAGGCUAAUACUUCAUUAUUCUGUACUUCCUCCAACCCGUUCUUCUUUUUCUCUCGCUUGAAAUUGAUCUUCAUUGUCAGCCAAAUAUAUAUUUUCUUUGUCUUUUCUGGACAGAUAGGGUGUGAGCCAGCCCCUUCUAUCAGGAAGGAGAAUUGGCCAGCACUUACUUCUGCUCAUCUGGACGCCUGUGCACACGCCAUCACACACACGUGUAGGUAUUCCCAAGUGCCCCUCCCUUCCCCCAGCUCACUAAGUUCCAGGCUAUGCACUAACUCACCUCAGUCUGGUACCGUCUGGCCAUCUUCUUAGAUUCUAAAUUUGAAACUUGAAAAGAAAGAAACCCCUCAGAUGUGACACCCGUCCUCAGUCACCUGUUGGUCAUCUCCCUUUGGGACCAUGAUGCUCACUUAGCAGCCAGAACUGGGAAGCUUGCUACAGAGAGGAAGAAAACCUGUGAGAGCUAGGCUUUAUUCUGGGAUCUGGCAUUCUUCUUCAAUAAAAAGAAAAUAAAGGAAGGCCGAAUGCUUGAAGAUGGUUGAAAGGCAGCCACUAAGGGUGUCAGUAGACUGUGACCCAGUUGUUAAAAUAGCCACCUCCCGCUCCUGUCUAGAAGCAGGUGGAGAGGAGGGGGAUUAUGAAGUAUUUAAUGUUAGUCAAAAUUAUUAUGUUUGAGGAUAUUGCCGUAUAAAAUUCUGCUAUAGUAGUAAACCUUCUGAUACAGAAUAUUUUAAUUAUGGUUAAUUCCACUUUCACACAAAGAAAAGAAUAUUACCUAAAUGACUAAUUAGUUCAAAGAUAUCCCCAGUGGGUGAUGAUUAUAAGUUCUCGAAGUGUGCCAGGAACCAGCCAUUGUUUUUAGCAUACACAAGUCCCUCUAUCUCAAUUGUUUCCACUUACCCUUCCAGAAGGUAACUGUCCUCAUCACAAACUGUAACUAUUUUAAAUGAUCAACAUCUCAGAUACACCAAGCCUGCUAGGAAGAGAACGAAAAGUCUUGGGGGGAUUCGGGGAGGAUUACACAUUAUUUAUUUACCCGAAUAUCUCAAAUCAUAUUUUUUGUUGUUUUUCUUUCUAACAUGUGUCAAAGUAGACCAGCUGCUAUCUUUGCACUUUCUAAACAAACGUUAUAGAGCCCUAAUGAAGUGUUGUAACUGAAAGAAAUCUUAACACUCCACUAAUCCAAGCCCUCAUUUUAGAAUUUAUAGAAACAAGAGGUACAGUCUCUUGCCGAAGGUCCUAACGCCACUUAGUGGUAGAGCUAAGACCCACAUCUUCUAGCUCCCAAACCAGUGUUUUCUCCUACCUCACGUUUUUGGGUGUUCAUGAAUACUCUCUUAUGUUCAGAAAUGAUAAGGCUUAAGAGUAAACUGCCAUUAUUGAGUAUGGGAAGUAUAGGGAUUAAAGUGAGGUGAGUGUUUGAUUUUUAAGUAAAACUAUUUUGUUUUCUUUAUCCUGUAGGUGCUCCAACGUCUCUUAAGUUUUAGCUAGUAGUGACAUAAUAUAAAAAGAUUCUGAUGAAUAAUUCAAUCCUCAUAAACCAAGUCAACAGCAUUAUUAAUUGGUAACAACAUUCUGUGGUGUACGUUCCCUGUGGCUUAUCAAAUACUUCACAGUUUAUUGGAAGAAGCAUUUUUUAAUAUGGUCCAUGGUGGAGGUAUAGGAACAAGACGAUUAUACACACAAAUGCAUUUCACUGGAAGAUGGAGCUAAUAAAAUAACAAGAAGGAAUGAAAUAAAAAUGUAGUUUUGUAUAUUUAAGCAUAUAUGGCCUAAGGGCCAAGUUUUACAAUAGAUCAUAUAUUCAUGCUUAAUUAUUGAGAAUGUUUACAACUUGUUUUUAUGAGACCUCUCUAAUGAAGGAUCCCAGCUAAGAGAUUUUAGAUUGAAGAGAUUAAAUUCCCAUCCACUUAUCUUUUUAAUUAGGUUUUUUUUUUUUACUAUUAUUUCUGCUAAAACUUAGGAAUGCAUUUUGAUGUUUGCAUAAGUGCAAGCUUCAUUUUAAACUCAAGAUUAAAUACACAAAGUGCUUUAAAUUAAUGUUAAAAAUCAUAUUAAUUUUACAUUUGUCCCUGAAAUAGAUAGUACAGAAGUUAGUGAUUAUACCAUAUUACUAAGCAAGUACAAAAGCUGUAAUAUGAAGAAAGCAUUAUAUUAAAAAAGAGAUAUAUAGAAAACUAUGAAAAAGUCUGGACAGACUUAUAAACAUAGGAAAAAUACAAUUCCAUUUUAAUUUGGAAUUAUAAUCAUACAAAAAGGGAUUAGAUAAAGUUUAUUUCUGUACUCUCAAACAGUUUGCUGGUUGCAUAGGAAAUAUAAGCAAUACUUGGGGGAAUGUGGUGGGCCUUCCUAGAAGAGAAUACUUCAUGGUGCAAUUUUUGAGUGCUUUAACAACAUCCAUUUGGGUGUGUUGUACUCAACAGAGACGGGUCAUGUUCCCUUCAUUUAUCCUCUUGGCUUACGUGGAACCUCAGACUUAGGAGAUGACCUCUAGGAACUAACACCAUGACCUUAGGAGACCCACGAGGGUGUCAGCUAUGAUCAGGGCAUGGGAGCAAUAUAGGCUGGUGUAGAGUACAGGCAGUGACAUAGCUUAAAUCUCUCCCCUAAGCCAUUGUGCUUUUUACCAACCGUUUAAAUUUGUUGUUGGUUGGUGCUCAAACAAUAUUAGCCUCUUUCGCUUAACAGUUUUCUGAUGCUCUGGCUGGUCCUCAUUGUGUGGUACCUCACCUUUCUGAACCCUUGAAUGAACCUAACCUCAGCUCUAUACCUGAGACUCUCCCAGAUCUCUACUUCUUUAUCCUGGAACAGGCUUCUUCACCCUCAGCUUCUCCCUAAGCUCCAAAGCAGAAAACCCAGCCUCAUUCCUAACUAGUUUAUGAGCCAUAUACCUAGGCUUCCCGCUCCUGAAUAGGCCAUUAGCGUGGUCAGAACAUAAGAAAAUCCAGACACUCCAGAAAGAUUUUAACGAUUCUUCUCACAGCUAAGUCUUAUAAAUUAGAAUAUUUCACUGAAAUAGGGGUUAUGAAGGUCCCUAACGAGUUUUUAUAGUUAUAAUUUAUUGCAUUUUUAGAAUAUGAUCUAUUUAAAUUGCUUGAUGGAGUCUUAUGAUUGUACUUUGCAACCUGGUGGGUUUCAAACAAUAGCUUUCCAUCUUAGCCCACACUCAGAAAGAGAGGGCAGAAAGUUACCCCAGCCUAAACAUAGCUAAAACAUAAAACAAACCAUGGAAUUUAUUUCAGCAGCUUAUCAGAGAACUUUGGUAGAAUGAUUUUAACAUUUCAAACCGUUUUGGCUUUAACCAGGCUGGCCUUAGUACAUUGUAAGGCUUGGGACUCCAAAGGAGAGACCAGAAAAUCAACCCAAACAUCUCAGUACUCUUAGGGUUCCUUAUUGGUUCUUCUAAUUGGUAAAGGAGGCUUCUGCAGCCUUGAAUGAAAUGGCAAGGGUAACUUGGAUAAACUUUUAAUUUACCUUAAUGUUAGAAAAUGAUACUUCUUUAAACUACUGUUUAAUUUAGACUUCCGAUUCAGAUUGACUUUCUUCCCAUUUACCCAGAAGAAUCAUAGAAUCAAACAGAUGAUCUAAUCCAACCACCUCAUUUUACAAGUAAGUCAGCAGAGAGCUUUUUAGGUAAAAUGACUUGGGAGAAUUCACACAAGCUAGCUUUUAGCACAUCACCCAACCCCUAGACCAGCAUUCUUUUUGUAUAUGAUCAAUGCGAUAACCAGAAGUAAAUUCCUUUAGGUACAUUUUCUUUUCUUUUUAAUUAUACAAGAAGUACCUGAAUGUAUUAAAAAAAAAAAACGUUUAGGCAUUAUAAAUA